AUGGCCAUGUGUUUACACACUUGCAAGCAGCCUCUCUUCCAAGCUGCAAGAAUUCGUGUUUCUUCCACUAAUUUAUUUUUUUCUUUAUUAAUUUCAUUCUUUAUUUUCUUUAUUCUUUCUUUUUUCUUUCGAUUGUUCUCAUUCAACCCAUCCACUGCUAAUGGCUUUCUUUCUUUCUUUCUUCUACUACAAAACUUCUUUUUUUCGUUCUUUCUUUCUUUCUUUUUUACUUACUUACUUUCUUUCUUUUUUACUUUCUUUCUUUCUUUGUCAAUUGCUUGCUUUCUUUCUUUCUUUCUUUCUUUCUUUCUUUCUUUCUUUCUUUCUUUCUCCCUAGGUAUUUUCAUUCUUUUUUUUUUACUUUCUCAUUCUACGCUUCCUCUUCUUUCUGUCCAUUCUUUCAUUUUCUUUUUGCUUUCAUUUUCUUUUUGCUUUCAUUUGCUUUUACUUAUUUUAAGCUUCCUUCACUAA